AUGCAAGACCGGGGAUGGGGUCCCCGUCUUCUGUUUCUCGCUCUCCUUCUUCUCAUCCAGCACUCGACUCCAGGGGCCGCGCUGAAGUGGCUGACCUUGGACGGUACUCUCUUCAAUUUUCUCCCUGUGGUCGCCUGUCCUUGUGUUCAGCGGUUCGAACUGCUAUGUCUUCAGUUUGGAAGGUGCUGCGGCGACGGAGUUCGUCCCUGCGUACAUAGAUUUCUAGAUGUUUGUCGUUUCCGAGUCGUGUGUGAGGCGGAAUGUGGUCAAAGGAAGCGCCUUUUUGUUUUAUGGACCUGAUGUUGCCUCUGGAACCUGAGCGCCUCUGGUUGUCUGGCGCUGUAUUGUCCCUGUUGUGCAGACAUCCUGAGAGAACAAGGCCAUAAAAGAGAUGAAAUCCCGCUUGCGAGGCACGAUGAAUGCAUGUAUUAUUCCUAGGGGAUCGGAAAAUUAUUUUCCGGGCUUCUGAAUCUUCCUAUAUUUGAAAAACAUUAAUCGAUGUGGUUCCUGAUGGUUGUUUCUUCUGGUCAACGGGAUAUCACCUGUAUCUCAAAGUUAAAGUCAAUUUCUUCACAUCGAGGAGAUACUAAAGAAGACGUGAUCUUCCGACCUUUUCCAGUGUUUGUCCCUUGAAUCUCUGUCGACCACCUGAUUGACCGGUUUCGGAUUCCGUUGGCUUUGAAUGACCCAACAUACUUAUAUCCUCUGUCAUCUUCCGUAUUAAUCGUCCAUCUUGCGAAGGCACUUGUAUGGGUAUAGUUUUCGAAUUGAUUCAUGUCCCUGCGGUCGUUUUGGAUAGUAUGUUUAUGUGAAAUAUUACAAUUCAUAUUAUCUAUGCUGCAAUGCAAUGCAGGUAAGGAGCCGUUAGUGAUAGCCAAAGGAGGCCAUUCGGGGUUAUAUCCCGACUCCAGUUCACAGGGAUACGGGACUGCGAAGGAUUAUAGUUUACCCAGUGCAUCGUUGUGGUGUGAUGUGCGAUUGACGAAAGAUGGGAUUGGGAUCUGUCUCCCUGAGCUCAAUAUGCACAACUGCACGGAUAUCUCUAAUUGGUACCCUAAUGGUGCUAAGAAGUACACGGUGAAUGGUGUGCCUCAGAGAGGAUGGUUCUCUGUCGACUACAGCUUGGGCGACUUAGACAAGGUUACUUGUAAGUGAGAUGACUCUGUUGAAUCAAUUUUUCUGACUUUCGGUGAAGUCGUAAUAGGCCCACACCGCCCAAAUCCCAUAGUGAAGGUCCUUUUUUUUUCUUGGAAAAGAAAACAAACACCACUGAGUUUCAAAGUUCUUCAUUUCUUUUCGUGGUUCAUAAUGCAAAGUAAUGAAGAACUAAUCCAAGUAGUUAAUACGAAUAGACGCCGGUCUCGAAAACGGAUGCAAAUACACAAUACAAUGCUUUCUCCUUGCUUCUCCUUGUUUUAAUCCUUUUUCAUUUGAACAUCACCGCCUUUCUCCUUGUUUCGAAAUCAAUUCCUCUGGUCGUGAAAUGAGAAAUCAGCGUACGAAAAUUACUCUGUAGAUUUUGGAUCGCAGUUCACUCUGAAGAAUUAUGAAUCAGGUACCCAAAUGCCAUUGCACGUCUCUCUGACGAUGUUUCUUCCUUCCUGACCAGUGAACCGAUCGAUUCUCUCUCGAAGUGACAUAUUUGAUGGAUUCUAUCAAAUCCUCACUGUGGACGACUUGCAGCAACUAAAAAAGCCGCGUCUGUGGUUAAAUAUUCAGGUAUGAGAGUGCGAAAAAUCAAUUUAAUUCUUUAGCAUUGCCAUCUUUAUAUUCGCCAUGUCCCUCCCCUGCUCUUCGUUCGGGAAUCUGAGACUGCAGUACACUCUUCUUGUUGAAUACUUUCUAUUUGCCGUAGUAUUGAAGAACCCCGUCGUAUCUUGCAGCAUGAUAAGUUCUACACAGAUCAUAAGCUCAACAUGACGAGCUAUCUGCUCAAUAUUACGAGGACCUUCGCUGUUGGGUACGUGUCAUCGCCGGAGCUGUCCUUCCUGAGACGUGUAGCUCCACGAUUGAAGGGGUCCAACACGAAGGCUAUCUUUCGUUUCCUUGAAUUGGGCGAGCUGGAGCCAUCGACAAGGCUAACCUACGGGUCGUUGUUGAACAAUUUGACCUUUAUCAGCACGUUUGCAUCCGGAAUUAUGGUGCCCAAGAAUUACAUUUGGCCUGUGAAUAAAGAUCUUAAACUGGCAUCUGCUAGCACAUCUGUUGCGCAGGAUGCUCGCAAGGCCGGGUUGAAAGUCUUUGCAGCAGGCUUUGCAAACGACUUUGACUUCGCCUAUGACUACAGUUUUGAUCCAUUGAAGGAAUAUCUGAAUUUCGUGGACAAUGGUAAUUUCUCAGUCGACGGCGUUCUGACGGACUCCCCGCUCACUGCAUCUGCGGCGAUAGGUAUGCUGUUUGAUUACCUGUUUGGUUCCAUGUCUUUCAGAUAGUUAUGGAUGAUGCCUCCCCCCAAUGACUGUUAAAGCUUUGCCUCUCAAAAAGAUUUCUGACAAGUUAUGAAACCCAAUCUAUGUCAGUUUGAUAAAGAGUAAAAUCCAGGCAAGCAUCAUCCAGUUUAGGAACAAAGCAGGAUUAGGCUGUUAAUCCCAUGUGCCCAUGUGGAAACCAGCUGUGAACUCACCCAACCUUCUCAGACAAGAUAAGACUUUUCAGUCCUUCAUUUUCUAAGAAGUCAUUGGAAUGGAUUCGAAGAACACACAGUCCUGAUUGGAUUCUAUCAUUCGUUUUCGGAUGAUAUUUAGGCAAUUUAGAAUUCAAUACAAAUGUGAUAAUCCAUUAAAAUAGAAGAAAAUAAUAGCGACAACGAUGAAGAUUUUUUUAUCAAUUCCCUAGUUUAGCUCAAAAACACCGAGAUUUCAGGUCAAAUCAGAAUCUUUUAGACCAUCUCAUAUUUUCAGUUUCACACUUGUAGUCAUCGGCUGUGACGUACCCCUGUCUUGUUUACUCUUUCAGUCAAGAAUAACCGGCAGCUAUAUCCAUCUGCUCAUCUUGACAUGGAUCGUCUCCCUCCUGAUUCUUGGGUUCUUUCAUGCGCAGUUCGCAAUUCCACAUAGUCUCAAUGCAGUUUCUCAUUGACCCAGCCUACCCAUACAAGCAUAGUACCAGUUUUUAUUUUAUCGAACAGCAGUUUCCUCUCCGGUCUUCAAACUAACAACAAGCGCACUUUUCAUUAAGAUGACUUGCAGUUGACCCCUUCAAAUUUAUUGAUCUGCAUCCGUGAUGUUUACUGGCAUUUCUCCUUGCUCGUGCAGGUUGCCUGUCUCACAUUAACAGCUCCGCGCCUUCAUCUGGUAACACUACGUUCCUAGUCUUUUAUCAUCAUACUGGCCUUUGGAAUUCAUUACAUGGAAGACGACCCGCCGGCUGUUCUAAACUCCAUUUCUGCUUCAGGAAAACCCGUCGUGAUUUCCUACGGGGGAGCUGGGGGAAUGUUCCCGUCCUGCACUGAUUUGGCAUACAAGCUAGCUGUGGAGGAUGGUGCAGACUACAUCGACUGCCCUGUCCAAGUCACCAAAGAUGGAGUUUUGGUCUGUAUGCCUGAUAUAGAUCUCUUCUCGGGCACCACAAUCUCAAAUUCUUCCUUCCGUAACCGUAUUUCUAGAAUCCCGGCGAUCAAGAGUACUCCAGGGGCAUACACCUUCAACUUUACGUGGGAAGAGAUUCAGAAAAAUCUAAAGCGUAAGUCAACCUCCUCUUGAUACCAAUGAGCGGAUUAAGUAAGACACAUCGGCGCCAAAUUCCUCUCUUGAAGCUGGAGUACGAGCAUCGUUUCUUGAAUUCUCUGAAGCGCGGAUAUUUACUUACGGAUCCUUCUUUCUCUCCUCUCUGCAGCUGAAAUAUCGACCCCGUAUUUAAAAGAUUAUGGACUGCUGCGGAACCCUUCGAAGAGGAACGCAGGAGCCUUCCUGAACCUCACCAAGUUCUUGGCCCUUGCCAAGGAAAACACUUCUCUUUCUGGAGUCUUAAUCAGUAUAGAGGUAGCUGCCUUUUACCCUGAAUUUCAUUUCCACCUCACAAAAACGCAGCAGCGACUUGACUUUUACCAGACAAGUGGUAAAAGUCAAAGAGCUGCGGCUCUUUAACAGCGGUGGUGCUUCUGGCACUAAAUGAGGCUGUUAUUUCCGGCAUUAAAGUCUACGCUCACUUCUUGUGAGGUUAUGUGUGUCCUUAUUUUGGCAUUGGCCCGUGAAUAUUUCUUAUAAAAAUAGAGUCCAGUUUAGAACCCAUAAAAAUAGAUAGCCGAUGGGCCCGGCCGUAGAGUAGGCGGCCUCUAUCUACUCGAGCAGCUUCAUCUUCCUCGUCUUACAGCCUUAUCUAGUUUAACUACUCCUGAUGAACUAUAUUCAUGUUACUUUCACGUCCAGCUCAGAUUUCGGAAACAGGUUUCAUCAUCACAUCGGGGUCACAACGCCCCGAGAACUUUGACCCUUGUUCCCACGUUUUUAUGUUCAUGUUCUUCACCAUCGGACUGAUCCUCGUCCUUCUGCUGCAGCACGCUCCUUUUCUGCUGGAGAAUCUUGGCUUCGGCGUGACCGACGAGGUCCUGAAAGCGUUGAACGCGUCGGACCUGAAGCAGGAGGUCAUCAUCCAGUCGACGAACAGCUCUGUUCUGAAGAAGGUGCAGCAGCUGAACUCCUCCUACAAGCUCAUGUACAAGAUCGAGGAGCCCAUUCUCGACAUCGAGGCGUCGGCGGUCAAGGAUAUCGCUGGGUUCGCCUCCUUCGUGGCCGUAUCGAAGACGUCGAUAUACCCGGACAACAUAAAGUACCUGUUGAACAAAACCAGGGUCGUGGAGAAGUUCAAGGCAGAGAAGCUCCCGGUCUUUGCGUACCUGUUUCAGAACGAGUUCUUGUCGGUGUCGUGGGACGUGUACAACGACCCGAUCGCGGACAUCAACCUGUUCGUGAAGGGGGCGGGCGUGGAGGGCCUGAUCACCGAGUUUCCGGCGACGGCGGAGGCCUUCAGAAGUAAGGGUUCUUCUGUUCUCGAUCUUCACUUGCUGUGCCGCCCGUAGGAAGAUUAGGAGCUGAUUCUCACUCUUUGAGGGAUUUGAAAUUCUCGCAGGGAGCCCUUGUUCGCGGGGUAACAGCACUCCGCCUUAUUGGAAGCCCGUCACGCCUGGCAAGUUGGUGAAUAUGUCCAGACUGCCGGCGCUGCCGCCGUCGCCGCCGCCCCUGGCCGACAGUGACGUUGUCGAGCCGCCGUUGCCUUCGGCGCCGAUCCCCCUCCCUUCCGUGCCUCCUGCGCCGGCCCCGUCGCCGCAGAAGGAAGGGCCACCGCCGGCCACCAAUGCCGCCACCUCCUCGACCGCCUCCUCCGCCGCCAUUCUUCUCCUGGCGGCCGCCUUAGUAUCCCUCUUCCUCAUCUGA